ACAGAGAUUAGAAAAGAAUCUGAGUGAAGAAUUGUAUCUUAUCUAUUCUUGUGUCAUGAGCUUAUGACCACUCUGCUUGUUAACACGCCGCGCUGCCAGUUCACGCACCAAGGAGAACUCCUGAAUCAGGACCGUGCGUAACGUGCGCCAAACGCGUAACGUGGCUGCAGCAGCUGUGUUCGGGUCGGGCCCUCUUGUCCGCACAGCAUCCUUUGUCCAGGCUUUUCUUUUGAUGUAACUCGUUCUCUACGUGUCUGCAUGUACACUGUCCGCCAACUGUUGACGUCGCGUCUCACCGUGGAGAUGCAUCAUUUUAGCAUCUUAGCAUCGCGAAUGCUAAGAUGCUAAAAUGUCAACAUCACGUUUGUUUUGAGCUUUCUCGGCAGAAGCACUUGAAACAGCGGUUUGUUGUUUUUUUCUGGCGAAGCCGCAUGCUGAUGCCGCUGCUUUAUUUCCGUGCUGUGGAUCGGGUUUCGCUCGACUGGCUAUAAACAGCGUGGCCACCGCGCAUUCCGCCGGCUCUAAAUAUAUCUAUUAAGGCCAGGGGAAGGGGGACCGCUGAAGGAGGGAGCGAGGGGGGGUUAUUCUCGGAGUGUCGCGGUGAGCUCGGACUAUUAUCUUCCGGAGGCUGACAAUUGGCUGUAACGCGCGGAGACGAGGAGUCCAAACAUGCCCGCCGGUGCUAGCGCGCGAUCCCGGGCCCGGGAGAGAAACAGCGUCCUGGGGAGACCCGAGUUCAUGUCUCUCAAUCAGCCGCUCCGGGCCAGUGGCGGCUCCGAGGGUCGAGGCGGCUCCAGGAGAGCCGGCGCGGUGAAGCACCAGCCCAGCGAAGAAGCCUCCGACGCCGGCAGCAAGGACAGGAGAGAGUCGAGCAAGAUGCCGGAGGAGGACUGCAUGCAGCUGAACCCCUCCUUCCGAGGAAUCGCCAUCAACUCGCUUCUCGCCAUCGACAUCUGUCUGUCCAAGCGCAUGGGCGUGUGCGCGUCCACGACGUCCUCGUGGGGGGGCUGCCGCUCCAUUGUCAACCUGUUGGCGCUCACCGGACACGGAAUCACGUGGAUCGUCGGCACAAUCGUGUGUCUGACCAGGAGCAACACCCUGGCCGGACAGGAAGUCCUGGUCAACCUGCUGCUCGCCCUCCUUGUUGACGUGAUGACGGUGGCCGGCGUCCAGAGACUGGUGAAGCGCAAAGGACCCUGGGAGAUGUCACCGGGCUUCCUGGACUGUGUAGCCAUGGACAUGUAUUCCUUCCCCGCCGCCCAUGCCAGCAGAGCUGCCAUGGUGUCCAAGUUUCUGCUGUCCCACUUGGUCCUGGCGGUGCCACUCCGUAUCCUGCUGGUGCUGUGGGCCUUCCUGGUGGGCCUGUCCCGGGUGCUGCUGGGACGACACCACCUGACAGAUAUGGUGUGUGGCUUUGCACUGGGCUUGUUCCACUUCAGCCUGAUGGAGACGGUGUGGCUCUCCUCCAACACCUGCCAAGCUCUGAUUUCCUUCAGCACCCUCAGCUGGAGUCCCUUCUUCUGAACCUCCUGUGAUGCUGCAAGCUCUCCGUGUGAAGGAAUUUAAAGGAGUUUUGCAAUGCUCAGGCGUUCUCGUUGCAGGUGCAGGGAAAUGGAACUUGCAUGUGAGACACAGUUUUGUUGCCGAAGCUUGCAACAUCAGCUGCCUCUCCUUUGAUUUCUAUUCAGGUUGAUCAGUGUAUGCAAAAUGACACCCGACUAAAAUCAGCACUCACCAUGAAGGUUCAGACUUCAAUGUGUUUUAAAUUAUUUUUCUGUGAGUAUUCCCCUGCUUUAAUCUCAAAUGUCCAGUGAUGUGGUGGAAGCAAGAUCUAGAAAGUUAAGUUAUUAAAUCCAGUGAGUUGUUUAAGGUUUGACAAGAGAAACAGAGUGAGAUUAGAUUCAAGUACGUAACUAUGAUAGUCUUUGGUUAAAGUUGAGGAGCAGCUUGGUGGGCUUCCAUCACAUACUCCGGUUUCCUGUCACAGCCCAAAAACACACCAAGGUCAAUUGAUAACUUGAAAUUGGUCUGUGGACUGGAGGCCUGUACAUGGAGUUUCCUCCGCUCACCUUAUUUGCUAGGAUGGUCUCCAGCUCCUACUUUUGAAAUGGAUGAUGUUUGGAAGUUGCUGCACAGUUGCUGCUGAAAGUGUCAAAAAAAAGUCAGUAUGGAACGCUCAGGUAGCAGGAGAUUCCUGCGUUAUAGAUAGAUAUAGAUAGAUCAAGACUGUUUCCCAAAUUCAAGCUUAAGUCUGAGACAGUGUGUCUUGGUGGUCAUUUUGUUUGAUUUCUGAACCUCUACUUUUUGUGGGUCAUACUAUUUGCUGCAUCUAUGCAAAAAGGGCUCGCAGAGUUUUAAGCUUUCUCACUUUUAACUGUCAUCUGAAUCUGCAGACUUUCCCUCCAAGCAUCUUGCACAACUUCCCUUGUGCCUCUCCUUCCUAUUUCACUGAGGUUUUCUUCCUCUUCUCUUGUCGUCUACUCCUUUUUUGGUGAAACACUAUGAUAGUGUUGAACACUAUUUUGAAGCAUCAGCUUAAAGUAAACCACUAAUUUGAAAUAAUGCUGAGCUAAUAUUUAACAUCAUCCUGUCGCUCCUACUAUUAUUUAACUCAGUUCAACAAAAGGCCUGAAAUGUCUGUUUGAAGCUGUAUUUUUUUCUGAUAUUCAAUUUGGAUUUUAAUUUCAAGAUUUGCGUGUAAAUAGACAACAGUUUAUUGUAAAUUAGUUUUCGCUUUGGU